AUGCCAACGGAUUGCUCUGAAAAUUUGUUAGAAUUUAGUGACUGUUUGAGUGAAAUUGCAGCGAUUGUUGAGAAUCAAAAUGUAGAAUCUGUUUUUAUUUUAGGGGACUUUAAUGCACAUCCGGGAAAAUUAUUCUGUAAGGAAUUACUUAGUUUUUGUUUUGAUCAAAAUUGGUUAUGUGCUGAUAUGUCAAAAUUAGGUGAAAACUCAGAUACCUAUACUUUUAUUAGUGAGGCGCACGGUAGCAGGCGCUGGCUUGAUCAUUGUGUGGUCACCAAUGCUGCCUGGAAUGUGGUGGUCGGUGUGGAUAUAUAUUAUGACAUUUACUGGUCGGAUCACUUCCCACUGGAGAUACAGUGUGACCUCUCGAUGGUCAGACCUAAAUUUGAAUUGUUAAAUAGGGUAAGCAUAAAUAAGGUAGUUUGGGGACAAAGAGACGAAGGACAAAUUGCAACAUACCAUGAUCUUUGUGUAAAAAAACUGAGAGAGAUUAAUACUUUUAAUGAAUAUAUUCCAUGCUGUGAUAGAUUGUGUUAUAACCUUGAUCAUAGAAAAUCUAUAGAUACAAUGUAUAAUAAAAUUGUGACAUCAUUGUCAGAGGCCGCUGUAUCUAGUUAUAAUAAGGGAAAGUGUAGGAAGGGCGUUCGUAUUGUUGGCUGGAAUAGACAUGUCAAGGAUGCUCACCGGGACGCUAGGCAGAAAUUUAUAAAUUGGGUGUGGCAUGGCAAGCCUAUUGGUGGUAAAUUGUAUAAAGAAAUGUAUGAAUCCAAAAAGUUAUUUAAACAGAAAUUAAAAUUUUGCCAAAAUAAUGAAUACCAAAUUAAAAUGGACAUGUUAGUUCAAAAGCAUAAAAAGAAAGACUUUAAAAAUUUUUGGAAGCAAACGAAAAAGGUGACUCCUAAGCCGAGCAUCCCGGUGAGCAUUGAGGGUGUAAAUGAGCCAGGAGAGAUAGCAAACUUAUUUAAAGAGCAUUUUAGGGUAAAAUCACCGAACAUUUCAUCGCGGACGGUGUCAUAUGUUGAGGACUGCCAGACGGGCGUGCCAAUUAGUUUUGCACCGAGUGAUGUUUUUGAUAUAAUUAAAAGCAUGGCGAGGGGUAAAUCGCCAGGGCACGACGGCCUCAGCAUUGAGCACCUUCUGCACGCAGGGCCUCAUCUCUCCGGGCUUCUAGCUACUUUCUACACCCUUUGUAUUAGACAUUCCUAUCUUCCUGAGCAGCUGAUGAGAACUAUAGUUGUGCCUAUAGUAAAAAAUAAAACUGGAGAUAUCUCCGACAAAGAGAACUAUAGGCCCAUCUCAUUAGCUACUAUUAUGGCUAAGGUACUUGACAGUCUGCUUGAGCGGCAUCUCAGUGGAUAUCUAAAAUUACAUGAUGCUCAGUUCGGCUUUAAAAAGAGUCUCUCCACUGAGAGUGCAAUAUUAACACUCAAGCAUACUGUUGGGUACUACACCAAUAGGAAAACUCCAAUUUACGCUGCAUUCCUGGAUCUGUCUAAAGCAUUUGACCUGGUUAAUUAUGAUAUUUUGUGGAAGAAGUUGCGUGACGUGGUCUUACCAAGCGAGUUGAUUGAAAUUUUUAAAUACUGGUAUGGCCACCAACUAAAUCAGGUCAGAUGGACAGAGGUACUCUCUGACGAGUACAGGUUAGAGUGCGGGGUGAGACAGGGUGGCCGGACUUCACCAGCGCUCUUCAACCUGUAUAUAAACCAGUUGAUCGUUGAGCUCAGCAACACUGGUGUGGGCUGCUCAAUUGAUGGGCAUUUCGUUAAUAGCAUAAGCUAUGCAGACGACAUGGUGUUGCUGAGCCCUUCAAUUAACGCACUGAGGAUAUUAUUGAAUGUUUGUGAUACCUAUGCUGAGACCCACGGUCUCAUUUAUAACGUUAAAAAAAGUGUAUUAUUGGUGUUUCGCGCUGGAUCAAAAAUUGAAUCGAUUCCUCCUGUUAAGUUGAGGAACGUACAGUUAAAUAGGGUGUUCCAGUUUAGGUAUCUUGGUCACGUAUUAACCGAGGAUCUGACUGAUGAUGCGGACAUAGAAAGAGAAAGAAGGGCAUUGGCGGUUCGCUGUAACAUGCUGUCCCGUAGCUUUGCACGCUGUACUGAAGAAGUUAAAAUAACACUUUUCAAAGCCUUUUGUCAGUCAUUUUACACGUGCAGUCUAUGGGUUAAGUAUACGCAGAGAGCCUACAAUGCCCUUCGGGUACAAUAUAACAAUGCCUUCAGGGUGCUGAUGGGACUUCCGCGGUAUUGUAGCGCUUCAGGGAUGUUUACAGUGUACGGUACGGAUGACUUUCAUGCUAUUAUCCGAAAGAGAAUCGCAUCCCUAUUGCGCAGGGUUCGUGGGAGCUCCAAUAGCAUUCUGAGGGCAAUAUCUGAUAAAUUUGAUUGUCCCAUCCUAGGACACUGGAUGCGUAUGCACUUGCAUGUGCCUGGUGUCAUGGGGUGUCGAAAAUAA